AGGAAUGGAAUAGGACGCCCAUCCAAUUUGAAUCGCAAUGCAUCUGGAAAAACGUCUCGAAUGUCUUGCAAACUCACAAAGUAUGAUGGGCCGCCAUUACUUGCAUAGGUGGAAGCGGUUUUAACACAAACUUCUUCAAUGAGGCCGCUGUUGACGUUCCGGAAUUGUUGGUAUUGAAGUUCUGUCAUCUCGGAGGCAAUUCGAGGGAUGAUGACAUGAAAUGGCUCCUCAUUUCCCUUUUCCUCUUCUCCAUUUUUCAAGCAAGAGAUGCACCCGAUCAUUUUUUUUUAUUUCUUUUUUUCAACUUUUCCAGGUCUUCGUGGAGCCUCUUACUGGUCGACUCUUCAACAGCUGCUUUUUGCCUGGCGUGGACAGAUCACUUGGCUUGAUAAACUUGUUUAUACUUGGCUUACUGGUAUCGCUUGAACCACUGGCAAUAUGUACAUUCGUAUCCAUUUAACAGAAGGCCAAGAGGCUUGGCGGAUAGGCCAAGGUCGUACACAAAAAGUCUUGCGCCUUGGCCCCCUCCCACAGGGCACGACUUCAACGCACGUUGUCCCUUUUCAGUGAUAGAAUCAAUAGAUUUUAUCUAUAGCCAUUGACGAUCUCUUCAGCCAUACUUUUCGUCUCGGGCAAUGCAUGGUUUUU